AUUUCUAUAUAUAUCACCACUCUCAUCAGUAGAAACAUCAUAGUUUCCUUUUAUAUGUUUUUAUGCUUAGAAAAACUUGCGAGUUUGGUGUCUAAGAACUUGUUGUUUUGCGUACGUAAUAUAUUAGUCUAAGUUGGUUUGUGUUCUUCACAAAAUCUGAAAAAAUGGCCAUCCCAGUGAUAGACAUGGCGAAUUUCAAUGGUGAAGGAAGAGCAGAUAUCAUGGCUAGUAUUGCAAGUGCUUGUGAGACACCUGGAUUCUUCCAGCUUUUGAACCAUGGUAUACCUCAUAGCCUCAUGGACCUUGUGAAGAGGGCAUGCUCGGAGAACUACAAGCUUACCAGAGAGCAAAGCUUCAAAGAGUCUUUGCCUGUCAAGAAGCUCGAAGAUGCCAUGGUGGCAGAAGCGAAUGGAAACAAGUGUGCUGAGAUAGAGAACGUGGAUUGGGAAGACGCCUUUCUAAUCAGUGAACUGGAUGCCUCAAAUUCCUGGCCAUCACAGCCCAACAAUUUCAGGGAGGCAAUAGAGGAAUUCAGAAAGGAGAUAUACAAACUGGCAGAGAACUUGCUUGAGAUAAUAAGCAUCAAUCUGGGUCUUGAGAAAGGGUACCUGAAAGAAGCUUUUGCAGGUGACGAUAAGCCAUUUUUUGGCACCAAGGUGAGCCAUUAUCCUCCCUGCCCCAGACCAGACCUUAUUAAGGGCAUUCGUGCUCACACAGAUGCAGGGGGCAUCAUUCUUCUCUUCCAAGACGACGAGGUGCCCGGUCUACAGGUCCUCAGCAAUGGCAACUGGAUUGAUGUACAACCCAUUCCUCAUUCGAUAGUGAUAGACAUUGGAGAUCAGUUAGAAGCCAUAAGUGGAGGAAAAUACAAGAGUGCAUGGCAUCGUAUUCUUCCCACUGAGAAUGGCAAUCGUUUAUCAGUGGCAUCGUUUUAUAAUCCAUCAUACUCUGCAAUGAUUUAUCCUGCAGUACAGACCAAGAGUGAAGUCAAGGAAGAUGAUGGCGGCCAUGACUUAUGCAAAUAUCCAAAGUUUCAGUUCGGUGAUUAUAUGAGUGUUUAUGUUAAAGAGAAGUAUGAAGACAAGGGGCCACGCUUCAGAGCUAUGAGGGAGAUGACUGUUGGUUAGGUGUCUGAUAGUAAUUUGGUGCUUGCCAAAAUAUUGUAAAUACAGACAAUAUACUAUUAUUGAUCUAAUGUGCUAAGUAUUUUAGCUGUCAAUAGGCAUAGACAGCUUAGUGUGUAUUGCAUAUAUAAUGUAAUCUUGUGUUUAAUAAUAAUAAGUAUAUAAAUAUCUAAUAUGUUUUCUA